CAAGGAGUCCACCCACUCUCCACGCACGGAAAAGCCCUCACCAAGAGAUCAUUCCAAAAUUGGCACGACUACCAAGAUACUAUGCCUUCCUACCGCCGAAUUCAAGUGCACACAUACUCGACUGACUUCAACAAGGCAACGGAGAUUGUUGUUGAGCCAGAGCUGCCAACGGCUGGCCCAGGUAACAUUGUCGUGGAGAACCGCUUCUUGGGGAUCAAUGCUACAGACGUGAACAUCACCAACGGAGGCUACGGACGCACCACACUCCCUGUAAAAUGUGGCCUUGAAGCAGCGGGAGUUGUUGUUGAUGUGGGUGAAGGUGUGAGCGAUAUCAAUGUCGGAGACAACGUCGCGUACUCGUCCAUCGGAGCCUUCUCCGAGUAUCUUGAAGUCCCCGCCUCGAAGAUAAUCAAAUCCCCCGAGCUGUCCCCCGCUCUAGUUCCUCUCACUGUGUGUGCAGUGUCCGCCUCUCUCGCUCUCGAGAAGGCAGGACAAAUGAAGUCCAACGAAACGGUCUUCGUGUCUGCCGCUGCUGGAGCCACUGGUCAAUUCGCUGUCCAACUUGCCAAGCUUGCCGGCAACCACGUCAUUGGCGCCUGUAGUUCGGAUGAAAAGGUCGAGUAUCUCAAGUCACUCGGGGUUGACCGCCCUAUCAACUACAAGAAGGAGGAUCUCAACGCCGUGCUCAAGAAGGAAUAUCCGAGCGGUAUUGAUCUCGCCUUUGAAGGCGUCGGGGGCGACAUGUUCAAGGCUGUCCUGGACAACAUCGCCAUAUUCGGCCGCAUUAUCGUCUUCGGCAACUGCUCCCACUACCACGGCGACGCUGGCAACGACCCUCAAUACGGUUACCAGCAGAACCGCAAGAUGCAAUUGCGCUCGGCCUCGCUCCGUGGCUUCCAACGACGCCAUCACCCGAAGGACGAACCUGAACACCUCAAGCGUCUCGUGAAGUUAGUUCAGGAGGGCAAACUGAAGGCAGGCGUUGACCCCACCGUGUUCAAAGGCUUUGAGGGUAUCCCAAAGGCUCUCGAGCGUCUGUAUGCUCAGAAGAACAUUGGCAAACUCAUCGUCCGGCUGUAGAUCGGGGUAAUCGCAACUUGAAGUGAGCCCAUUUUGCUAGUCAAUCAAACCCAUUCACCUUCUUUCUCA